AUGGACUCGGUGACCGUUUAUCACGGGAACAUCAGCCGGGAGACGGGCGAGCGGCUCCUGCUCGCCACCGGCCUGGAUGGCAGCUACUUGCUGCGGGACAGCGAGACCGUCCCGGGUGUCUACUGCCUCUGUGUGCUGUUUCAAGGCUACGUUUAUACCUACCGAGUGUCGAAGACGGAAACGGGUUCGUGGAGUGCCGAGACAGCUCCCGGAGUCCAUAAGAGAUUUUUCCGCAAAAUAAAGAAUCUGAUAACGGCGUUUCAGAAACCGGACCAAGGCAUCGUAAUUCCGCUGCAGUAUCCCGUAGAGACGACGUCAGCCGCGAGAGACGGGGCAGGGGUUUCGCCGUAUUAACGGGUGGGGAAGACUGAACUCGAUCUGUGUGCGCGAGCGGAAAAUAAAGUGCUAU